CCGCCUUUGAUCUCGUUGGUGGGACUGGGGCAUGAGAGCUGCACCGCGCGGGACAAGUCGCCGGCGGCGCCCGACGGAGCAGACAAGGAGAGAGCAUGGAGCUAGAGAGGAUCGUCAGUGAUGCCCUGCUCGCCUUUGUCCAGACGCACCUCCCAGAGGCCGACUGCAGCGGUUUGGAUGAGGUCAUCUUCUCCUAUGUGCUUGGGGUGCUCGAGGAUCUGGGCCCCUCUGGUCCCUCUGAGGAGAAUUUUGACAUGGAGGCCUUCACCGAGAUGAUGGAGGCCUACGUGCCCGGCUUCGCCUGCAUCCCAAGGUCCACAGUAGGGGACAUGAUGCAGAAGCUCUCAGGGCAGCUGAGUGAUGCCAGAAACAAAGAGAACCUGCAGCCACAGAGUGCUAGUGCCCAAGGCCAGGUGUCCAUCUCCCCUGAACCCCUGCAGCAGCCUGACAAGCUCAAAGAAGAGGCCAGGUCUUCGGCUGCCACUGAGGGUGCCCAAGAGGAGGCAGCUGGCACUGAGGAAGAGCUCCUGCCCGGAGUGGAUGUACUCCUGGAGGUGUUCCCCACCUGCUCGGUGGAGCAGGCUCAGUGGGUGCUGGCCAAAGCUCGGGGCGACCUGGAAGAAGCUGUACAGAUGCUGGUAGAAGGGAAGGAAGUGGGGCCCCAGGACUGGGACAGCUCCAACCAGGACCUGCCCAGGCGCCUCCGAGGCCCCCAAAAGGAUGAGUUGAAAUCCUUCAUCCUACAGAAGUACAUGAUGGUAGACAGCGCAGAGGAUCAGAAGGUUCACCGGCCCAUGGCUCCCAAGGAGGCUCCCAAGAAGCUUAUCCGGUACAUUGACAACCAGGUGGUAAGCACCAAAGGGGAGCGAUUCAAAGAUGUGCGGAGCCCUGAGGCUGAGGAGAUGAAAGCCACGUACAUCAACCUCAAGCCCGCCAGAAAGUACCGCUUCCACUGAGGCGCUCUCGGACUCUGCCCGGGCCUUUGUGGCUCCAGUCCCACGGGGAUGCAGGAGCCCCUUGUCCCCACACAGGCCCCUCCUCAACUCCUGUCCCCAUCCCUGUCCUCAGCUUCUGGCUCCAUAGCACCCACCUACUGUUGGAGCUGCCUCCACGGAUACAAUAAAAGUGACCCAAGGAA